AGCGCGUCGGGAGCAGCCGCGACCGGAACCGGAGCGGGGGCCGGAGUCGCGGCGGGAGUGGGGGCGGCGCGUGUGAGUUGCCGAAAGUCUCCCGUGCCGGAACACCUCAAACUCUGGGCGGGAGCGCUUCAGGUGGGCUGAGCCGCUGUCGCCCUCAGUACCGCGCCCCCCAGGCCCACACAGCGGGGCUGGGGACUCCCCAGGCGCGGGACUGGCUCCUCUCAGGCCGAGCCCUCCGAGCCGGGCUCUGGGUCUUCCUCGGUCUCGGGCUUCCUUGAAACUCAGGCCGGAGGCCGGAGAUCGGUGAUCAUCCCAUACCCCAGCCGGCUUUUUCUCGGCACCCCGGCAGUGUCGGGGUUGGAGCGGCUGGGAAGCCCCCUCUGUUGCCACCUCUCCAGCCUGGGAGGCACUAGCGCGUUCCUACUGUCUUGCUUUGCUUCUCUCCCUCUCCUCCAAUUCGAGAACAAGUUUCUUUUCCCUCUCCGUUGGAAAUCCUGCCCCGGAGUUCCAAAACACCUAUCGUGUGUCCUUAGAAAUAUUGCCUAUUUAUUAGGGUUGAGAAUCUCUCGUUCUUGGCCUGGCUUUUUCCUUUUCUCCUAUCUGACACUGCAUGCAGCGGGUCUUAUCCAUUUAGAUCACCGGCUCCCUGGCCGUCUCUAUGUAACUUCCCCCAACCCAUCUGAGUUCCAGUUUCCUCUGGGCUCCAGUCUUAGCUCCCAGCGGAUCUGGUCAGUCCCACCUCUGGGUGGGAGUGACCAGAGGGCUCUGGCCCAGGAUUCCCCAUCCUGGAAGGCAGCUCCAAGGCAACAAGAGAAUUGGGCGUGGGGUACGAACCUGGCAGCUCAGGAGUGGGCGCUCCACUCACCCCACACAAGAAGAUGAAAAAGCGCAAAGAGCUCAAUGCACUGAUCGGUCUGGCUGGGGACAGCCGGAGAAAAAAGCCCAAGAAAGGCUCCAGCAGCCACCGCCUGCUUCGCACUGAGCCUCCUGACUCAGAUUCUGAGUCCAGCUCAGAGGAGGAAGAGGAAUUCGGUGUGGUUGGAAAUCGCUCUCGCCUUGUCAAGGGAGACUAUUUACGAUGUUGCAAGAUCUGUUAUCCACUCUGUGCUUUUGUCAUCCUCGCUGCCUGUGUUGUGGCCUGCGUUGGCUUGGUGUGGAUGCAAGUUGCUCUCAAGGAAGAUCUGGAUGCCCUCAAGGAAAAAUUUAGAACAAUGGAAUCUAAUCAGAAAAGCUCAUUCCAAGAAAUCCCAAGACUUAAUGAAGAACUACUCAGCAAACAAAAACAACUUGAGAAGAUUGAAUCUGGAGAGCUGGGCUUGAACAAAAUCUGGAUAAACAUCACAGAAAUGAAUAAGCAGAUUUCUCUGUUGACUUCUGCAGUAAACCACCUCAAAGCCAAUGUUAAGUCAGCUGCAGACUUAAUUAGCCUGCCUGCCACUGUAGAGGGACUUCAGAAGAGUGUAGCUUCCAUUGGCAAUACUUUAAACAGCGUCCAUCUUGCUGUGGAGGCAAUACAGAAAACUGUGGAUGAACAUAAGAAAACCAUGGAAUUACUGCAGAACGAUAUGAAUCAGCACAUCUUGAAGGAGGCCACUGGAAGCAACCGGAUGAUUCCAUCGCCUUCAGCUACAUUAGAACUUGACAAUAAAACCCACAGUGAGAAUUUGAAACAGGAUAUCCUGUAUCUUCACAACUCUUUAGAGGAGGUAAACAGUGCCCUAGUGGGGUACCAGAGACAGAAUGAUCUUAAACUCGAGGGGAUGAAUGAGACAGUCAGUAAUCUUACCCAGAGAGUCAACCUGAUAGAAAGCGAAGUGGUUGCUAUGAGCAAGGUAGAAAAGAGAGCAAACCUGUCCUUCAGCAUGAUGGGUGACAGAGCUGCCACUCUGAAAAGAGAGUCAUUGGAUCAAGUGACCAACAGAACAGAUACAGUAAAAACCCAAAGCAUUAAGAAAGAAGAUAAUUCAAAUUCUCAGGUAUCCAAGCUAAGAGAGAAACUGCAGCUGAUCAGUGCUCUUGCAAACAAACCCGAGAGCAGCAGGCCUCCAGAGACCGCCAGUGAAGACCAAGUACAGAGUUUCACAGCAAAGCCAUCAGCAUUGCCAAAAUUUUCACAGUCUCUUGGAGACCACAUUGAGAAAGCUGCACAACUAAGGCCUAUCUCCUUACAGGGAAUCUCUAACAUUGAAGAUCUUCAGGAUUUAUUCCACAAGACUGGCCAGGACAUGGAUGGGAAGCUGACCUACCAGGAAAUCCAGAACUCCCUAGGUUCUGCCAUGCCAGAACCAGAGAGCUUGAGAGCAUUUGAUUCCAAUGGCGAUGGAAGAUACUCAUUCCUGGAGCUAAGAGUAGCUUUAGGUAUCUAGCCUCAUCAGGCAUAUUUUAGAAAUGGAUAUGUACUGUGUACUACCUAAUAUCUACUUACGUAACAAAAACAACCUUUUACUUACCCAUCAUUCCUCCAGACCUCCAAACUACUGUAGCAGACACAUUGCCACCUUUUAACUUGUUUGAAGAAGCUAUAUAAAAGUUAUUUUUUUAAAAGAAAAUAUGAUUUUCAGAAAUCUAUGAUUUCCUGAAACCAGUAAGAUAUUACAUUUUUAAAUUACUAGAAAAAAAUAAAGCCCUUUUUUUUUCCCUCUUUCCUUUUUUUGAGGGGAGGAGACCUUAUCUUUUAAAACUGGGAAAUGUGUAUAUAGAGAGAAUAAGCCACCUUUUAUAUUUCACAUAAACUUGCCUUAAAUUAGCUGCACUUUAUAGAGACUCAGAAAAUGUCUUUUCUUUAAAAGAUAGGCCUUUUCUGUUGUAAAUAUUUAAGAAUUGUGCAUAUUAUGUGGAAAGCAGGAAGAAUGGUUUUGAACAAAAUGUGAACAAAUGACUUGUUAUUAAAAAUUGCUCAUCUGA